CUUGAAAUGGUGGUUGCCAGUGGAGCUGAAUCUGUCAGCAAGUUGUCUGGUCCCAUAUCUCCACUGAUAAUGCAUGAACCCAGGACAACAAAGAUCUCAGAAUUCCCGCUGACACUGCUUCAGACACAUCCCAGGUGUGAAGUGCACCCAGAUCUGCACAAAAUAAUACAGGAUAAAUUCAUGGAGAUUGUGUCUCAGUAUUUCAAAACUGUGCCAUCCAAUCCGCACUACUUCUUCUACUGCCCGCCUUCAUCAAAGAAAGAGGAGGACUCAGUGGAUGAUGAGAUAGAGAGAACAACAGGUGAGGAGAUGACUUCAGAAGCUGAGCUGGCUACAGAGGACGAAAAUAUACCAGGCUUUGCCACAGAGAGUGACGCAGAUUUGGUGGUGGAGUAUGAGCUGCAUUCAGGAACAAGCUCCUGUGGAGAGAGUGAAGAUCGGUCCCUGUCAGACUCGAACACUGUCAAUCAGGACCAGGACUCCUUCAGCAUCCUGGAGGGAGACUACCUGCUGCAGCCUGAGGGGCCACAGCUGGACAUACCACCACUGUUUCUUCAUAUCACAUGUUCCGUUAAUAUGAAAAGCUGCCAUGGCUCUAUGCCCAUACAGACACUGCCUACCUGCCUUGGUGAGAUUAUUUCUUGCCUCGAGAAUGCUGUGGAUUUACAGUCUGUGGAUUUGAAUGAGCUCUCGGUCACGUUAGAUAUUUUUGUCCUGACAUUACCUCUGGAGAUGGAUGUUAUGGCUGAUUUCCAUCACAACAGGUACACCUCAGAAAGCAGUGUAUCCCUCAAUCGUUCACCAGGACAGCCCUCCUCUUACCGCUCUGAUGAGGAGCUGAUGGCAGUGUUGGACAGUCUCAGGGGGGCUGGUAUUGAUGGGGUCUCUGGUGAUCCCUUAUCCAAACUCCCAGGUGCUCACAAGUUAGCAAUUCUGGCCACAGUGGAUCAGAUCCAUUGGCUAUUGGAGGAUGAGAUUGUUUCUGCUCUACGUCACAAACGGUUCAUCAGCUCGGCCACGCUACAGAAAGUAUCACAACAUGUUAUGCGGUCCAGUGGCCGACAACACUGUCACUGUGAAGAUGUCCCACUUCAGUUUGUCUUUGGGCCUGAGCAGUCCCUGGAAAAAUUCAAAGAGGAGUUCCAUAGAAUGUCAUUCUCUGGCUAUGUCCUGAAUGGACAACAGGACAACUUCUACUACAUGUCCCUGAGCAGACUGCACCCACAAAGGAUCCAUGCUACCAAGAGUCUCUCAGAGAGAACUGCAGACCCUCCACCACAUAGUGCUGGAGCAAAGGUGGAGGACAUGAUGCUGGGGAGUGAAGCAGAGGCUCAGGCAGCAGAGUCAGACGGAGAGAGUGAAGUCAAGAAAACUGUCAGUGUUGCUACUGAAACUCCCAGUGACACAACUGCUGAGGCUUGUGAGCUAAUCAGAACCUCGAACGUUGAAGAAGAUCAUCCUGCUUAUCAGAGCUCAGUUUAUAUUGUGCGAGGCCGAGGGCCGCCCAGUGCCCCCCAGCUCCAAGCCUAUAACUGUACAGAGCAGACCUCACCUGCCAAGAUGCCAUCAAGUGUCAGCCUGGCUGAGUCCAUGCAGCCAGCCUCUCACAGCUGCAGCAAACUCAGGCCGAGUCGAGUCCAGAGUGUCGUCUCCAGUCAGGGCAGUUUGGACUCAGACAUGCAAGGUUAUGAUGGCGGAAGCAGUGACUCUGAGUGUGAGAGCCCCACCCUGGAUGAACAGGAGUUUCAGUCACCACUGAUGCCAGACUUCUGGCUGAUUGUUAAGCUUCACCAGGACAGAGUUAAGGUCUACUCCCAUUCCAGAUGCUUCACAGAAGGAAAAGAGGUCAGUGCUGACGAAUUGGACAAAAAAGAGGAAGAGCAGGAUCUGCCCGAAUCCCUACAAUUGCAUCAAGUGGUGGUCAGGAAGAUUGGUGAUAUCUGCAGAAUAGUCAAUCAGCGUAUGCUGCUGCAGGACCUUCACGACAGCCAUGUGUGUAACUCUCUGCUGGUUGCUGAAAGUGAGGAAGACAUCUGGAAGAAUGAGUCUCUCUACAGACAGAAGCUCAACACUUCUGAUGAUUACAACACAGAGGAGAGCUUCCAGGCCAGAGACUACUUGGCAGCCACCAUGCAGUUCAUCCCAGGACAUUUUGCCUGUGAUGUGGUGUGGAGCACAAUCAUUCACAUUCAUCCACGUCUCAAGAUGGGGCCUAAUAUGGGGGUGUCCAGGGCAAUCCAGGCUCUACGGUCUGUGUUGAAUUCUUUCUGUGUGGUCAACAGGAAGAACAUGUUUGUCUACCAGGAGCGUUCAACCAAAUCAGUCUUCUACCUUAGACUUUGUGAAACGUCGCUAACAGGAAAGUACUCUGACAUGGAUGGAAACCUCCACACGACCCACUCCUUUGGGCUUUUUAGGAGUCAAGAGCCCUUGUUUUCUGAGGACUUCCCAGGAUCCAGGUCUUCUGCGGAGGGAUCUCGGCCAGUUGGCCAAGUAGACAAGCACAUUCUGCUGCUGGUGCAUGGGGUGGGAAAUGCAGGUCCAGAGAUCACAGAUGAGCUGGUCAAGGUUCUGCGGAAGCGCUUGGAUGAGACCACCUUGGACAUUAUCACUGUCAUGCUUGUCAGGAACUGCAAACUGACACCAGCUGAUGUGGAGUUCAUCCAGCCAUCAGGGUCUCCAGCCACUGAGGUGAUGAACUUCAGCCUCCCUGAGUACUGUUUUCCUUGGAUGACAGCUGUGGCUCACUACCUCAGGCAGAACCUCCUCAUUUUCCUGCAUGUUCCCAAGUACACUGACAGCAACACUGCACAUCAGUUCAAGCACUGCUUUCAUUUGAGCAGUGAUGUGGCUGACGGUGAUGUCUACCUCUACAACAAACCUGGAGGCCAGGGGACAGGAGGCAAAGGUAUUGCCUGCAUUGCCCUCUCAUUUGUGGAUGCCCAUGGUCGUCCCUUUCAUGGUUCAACUCAGGACUGUGCUACAUUACAGAGAUCAGAAAACUGCAUCAUCCCUCCUCACAUAGACCAUUUUGAUGAGCUGACCAGUGUGGCUAAAGUGGACUCCAUCCCUGUCAGCUCAGAGCCACAGCUGUAUGUGCGCUUUGACAUUUGGGAACAAGGCAAUGUCAGUCCUUUACAGCUAAGUGACAAAUUGCAGGCGGCACUGCGCCACGCUCUCUGUGAUGUCAUCAUGGAGUUGAGAAUCCUGCCACAUCCUCUGUGUGUGGAUGUGCUGUGCCCAGCCACCAAAGCCCAGAAAGAAGAGGCUAAAGGACUGUUGAUUUCUUUACCUGAGGUAAAAGAAGUAAAGGACAGCCCCAGGCAGCGCAGUGGAUCACGGGUCUUUAAAACCAGCCCCUCUCCCAUCACCUUAACCCAAGCCUUAGGGAGCACACCCAUGACAGGGACCAGCACACCUGAGUCUACCACCCCUACUGGCAAGAGCACCCGUCGGAGUUUCUGGGAUAUACUGAGUAAGCCAGACUCAUUGGAGCUUGGGAGCCCAAAGACUACUGAUGACAUAGUACAAGAAAAAGGAGAAGAAGGCAGAGCCGCUCGACGUAGACACAAGACGGAGACCUUAAAGCAGCAGUGGAGCCAGGAGAAGGCUAUGGAGCAGGAGCAUGCCCACAGGCGGCAGGUGUCUCAUUUGGAGGAGGGAGAUCUAGGCACUCUUCACCCUGUCUACCAGGUUACAUGCCAAGCGUGGAUCAUUUUCAUGGCAAAACUUGCCUGCCCCUCCAUUCAGCAGUGCACAGCUGAAAUCGCCUCACACUUCCUGCUACCUUCCAUCUUAGCAGAGCUUGUCAAUUUGGUCAGUACUCUUGCCAAUGAUACAACUGUGAAGGUGUUUGAAAGGACAAGUUUGUGUCGCGCUGUAUAUCUCAUUCUCCAUGCGGCCUUGCUGUUUGUACCAUUUUGUUUGCCUACAGAAGACAGUUCAGAUGAGGAUAACACCCCAGUGCUAAAUAGGUUCACACCUCAUAAGGGCUUCCAGCGCUUCGAGGCUCUGGAGCAGAGUGAUUGGUUCAGUCCAACCCAGGCAGGGGCAGGACUGGCUCCCCGCCAAAGGCUCCUAUUCAUCAGCAUACUGGAUAAAAAGGUGACCCUGUACAGCUAUAACUGGUCUGUGGACCUGGGUGCCUCCAUGAAUCGAGAGUUGGUGCGCCUUGUUAAAUGGCAGAAUGCCAGGGGUCAUGUUGUCCAUUGCCUGCUUAACCAGAAGAUGGGCUUAUUCCAUCACUACUGCUUUUCUGAUGCACCCAUGCAUGAAAUGGAAUCUAAGCAGCAGGAUUCCGACCGGUUCCUUAGCCCCUCCAUGGAACCUGAUGCGUUGCUGCGGAGUGCAGUUCCUCCUUUGCCAAACAAAGAACAAGGCAGGCUGGGUAGCACUGGCCGAAGUCUUGCUCCACUCCACUUCCCCUCCGAGCUGCUCCCCUUUGAUGAAGCUCUGAGGGACAUCUGUACCAUUCGACCCUUGACAGAGGGGGAUGUGGUGGCCAGACAUGGUGGCCAGCUAUUGGAGAUCAAAGCUGCUGAGAGGAGGGAACUGGAGAAACAGAUGAAGAUAGAGAACCUCUUUGUGACUUGGCAACAGAGGUCAGCGCAGUCUAACAUGCCCAUUUCAGCGGCAGAUUUGGAGACCCUGAAGCAGUCAUCGAGGCUGGUCCACUACUGUGCAACCCCUCUCCUCUUUGACCCUAUCUUCCGCAAGCAGAUUAAAGAGGAACAGAUUGUGCAGCCCCCGGUGAAGAAACGACAUCGUUCCAGUGACUCCACAGCAUCAGGUCGGGACCGCAGCUAUAGCACUGACUCAGCUGACAUGAUGCCAAACCGACUCAAGGAAGAGCCCUGGCUACUUGACAUUUGCAGCACCUUCCUCCAGCAGUAUGUCCAGUACUUGCAGAGCAUGGGCUUUAUUUUGGUCCAAGUCCGGCCUCAGUCUCCAGCACGCAGCAUUGCCCGGGCCCGGGCUACCAUGCUGAACUCUAUGUCAUUGGAAGGGAGGAUGUCUUUUUCUUAUGUAAAGCAGAAGAGUGAGGACAGCCCUAAGGCUACAGCAUCUGGCACCACUGCAUAUCACCUCCAGAGGGCAUUGCCAGGUGGGAUUGUGCUGAUGGAACUGGCUUUUCAGUCUGCCCCAUACCGCAUGGGCAAGAUACUGAACCCCAAUUGCCCCAGAUAG